AUGACGUCGGAACAACAGCAGCUUCUUCCUGACGAGAAGCUCGCGCGGCAACUCCGUGUCAUGCUUAGAGACGAGGAGCUCAUGGCGCAGCUUCCUGACGGGGGUGAGAAGCUCCGUGCCAAGCUCUCAGAGGUUACCUUGCGGCUGGAGGGCGGCGGCGGUGGAGGGAUGGCGGUGGCAGUUAGCGCGGGGAAGGAAGUGGAUGAACGUGUGGUGGACGAGCUGGCAGAGGCGCUGAAGGGCUUGGAUCUGGGAUCAGAGGGUAUGCAUGGCCUCUCGCCCAAGGAGUAUCGUGAGCUGCUCGAGUCUGAGAAGGCCAAGCUGGCGGCGGCAGAGGCCGGCGGUGGAGGGACAGGCGAUGCGUCGGAGAUCGUCGGCGUGGUGCUGCCGGACUCGGACUGGGACGUGCUUCGGAGGGGAAAGAAGGCGCCGCCCAGAGCAUCGGUCACGCGCUACAUCUCGCUGUACGAGGCCAACAUGCUUCACAACGCCUACGUUGCCUUUCUCCAAAAGACAUAUCCGGAUCGCCCCGAGAUCUGGCGGAGGAGGCUCGGCAUCGAGCGUCCGCGCAGCUCGGCUACUGUGUACCAGCCGAAGGACGCCAUGUUCCGCAACACCUCGCUCGCCGACUUUGCCUCGGACGAUGACGAGUGA